UAAAUAUUAGUUAAAACAUCUAUAAAAUGAAACAACGCUCUGACGUAUCAAGUAGCAGAAGGAAGAAUAGAAAGAGACAUUUUACAGCCCCUUCCCACAUUAGAAGAAAGAUUAUGUCUUGUCCAUUAUCUAAGGAAUUAAGGGAACAACAUGGAAUUAGAUCUAUGCCGGUCAGAAGAGGAGACACAAUUAAGGUAGUAAGAGGAUAUUACAAAACCAAAGCCGGAAGAGUAAAACACGUCUCCAGACAGAGAUGGAGUAUCUGGGCUAAAUCAGUUAGCCACGAAAUUUACAAUGGAAAGACUGUUGGAAUUGCCUUGCAUCCAUCCAAUUGUGUAAUUACUAAGCUCAACACCAAGAGGAAAGAUAGGCAAGAAAUUAUUGAUAGGAAGAAGAGUGGAUCUGCUGCUGGAGGUGAUAACAGAGUUGAUUAAUUAGCUGAGUAUA